UUAAAAUCAAAAUCGCAAGGAUACAAUCAAUAUAAAUUCAAUGUCUAAUUUGUAUUCACAACUACCGCGUUACAUACAAAACUCUCAAGUAGCAAAAAAUGAAAGACCGCCUCCAGUUUCUGAAACCACAAGAAAAUUUGUCCCAAAUUUUGUUAUGGGAUCUAUAGAGUCUACUUCUAAGGAUCCUGCAAAGAUUUAUACGGCGAAAGUAAAGGAUAAAGUAAUGCUUCUUGAUAAUCCUUUAAAGAGUUCCGAGGAGAAGAAAAAAAGAACAAUAUUAAAAAAGAAAGUUAAGACGAUGAGUGCGAAAGAGAAGAGACAAACGAGAAUUUAUGAAAUUCCAAAGGAAUGUCAUAAAUACGAGCUUUUUGUUCCUUUACAUGAGCUUUGGCUUCAGUAUAUCGAAGAGCUUUAUGGAAAAUCAAGUCCAAAUAUUUUUGGCCAGAAAUUAUUGAAAGCUGAUUUCCACGGAGCAAUUCUCACGGUUUCUAAAUCAAAAUGUGCAUCUUACAUUGGAGUUACAGGAAUUGCUAUUCAAGAAACAGAGAACAUGUUCAAGUUGAUUACAAGAGAUAAUAAUAUGAAAUGUAUUCCAAAAGGGCAUAGCAUUUUUACAUUUCGGCUUCGUGAUCAUAUGUUCACUUUGUAUGGUGACCAAUUCCGAUAUAGGUCUGCAAUUAGAGCAACAAAAAAAUUCAAGAAUAAACCGUCGAUAGACUUAUGAAAAGUUUCUACUAUUCUACCAUUUAAAACCAUUUCUUCAAGAAUCACAUGUACCUUUUCAAUAUUAAACAUAAUAUCCAGUUCACACUAUAAUUAACAAUAUAUAUAACAUGAGAAUAUUGUAAAAUUAUGAAACUAAUAAAUAAAAUAAAUGCAACAUACCACAUUA